UCUGAUUAAAGAAUAAAUCAUAAGUUAUAUAAGAAAAAUAAUAAGAAUGAAUGAUACUACGCCAUCAGAAAGAGUAUUUUCAACGUAUAAUAAUUUAUCACCUACAAAUGUAUCAUCAAUACCGGCACUUUCUAAUACAAAUUGGAAUGGAAAUAUCUUGCUUUUCUUUGUUGCAUUAGGGUUUGGAAUCUUAUUUUGUAAUUUGUGGGUGAUUAUUGGUAUUAAAUAUUGUUACAGAUAUUCAAGUAUGAAUCAUCCGGAAACCAUAGAAAUUGAGAGGGUUAUGCCUCAAAACCAGAAUUGUCAGAAGAAGCUUAUGACGCAGGGUGAGGCGGAUCAACAGUUUCCCUCAAUUCUUUAUAAAGUAUGGUUAUCACAACAUAAACGUCAAAAGCAACAACUCUAUAAAACAAUGUCGAAUGAUAGGCAAAAUAGGCAAAUGAGUGAAGCAGACAUGGAAUCUAAUACAAAUAAUGAACCUAAUAAGCAUAAUGAGGAGAAUUCUUUUCAUGAAGAAAAAACGCAUGAUUUUAAUACGUUUCAAUACAAUUAUCCUAUGGAAGAAGCCAUGAAUUCACAAAAUCUAUAUUCUUGUACAGAUAUUCCUUCGAAUGUAUCCAAUAAAUCUUAUUAUAAUUUCAAUAAUGAGCAUAAUGAUAUCAGUAUAUCUAUUCCGAAUGAACAACAGAGUAAACGUGAUGAUGAGUAUGUAAAAGAAAAUGAAAGGAAAGAGGCAUCGUCGAGCGAUUUCGCUCAAGAUGCAUCUUUUAGUGAUACAUGUGCUAUAUGUCUAGAUAUAUUUCAAGAUGAAGACGAAAUAAGAGUGCUCACAUGUGACCAUAUUUACCACUCUUCGUGCAUUGUACCAUGGUUUACUACAAGACGUGCUAUGUGUCCUCUUUGUAAACAUGAUUUUUAUAUCCCGAAGAUACCAGUUAAUGCAGAUAUGGAGAAUACUAGUAGAAACAUGCCACCUUUUCCUGAGGUUAGGAUUUAUGAGCGUCGUAUACAUCAUCCAUCUUUACCAUUUUUUUCUGUUUACGAACCUCAACAAGUUCAACAAUAUAGAGUUUCAACCAAUAAUAAUUAUAGAAAUAAUACAUAUAAUAGAGAAACGAAUAGAAGAGGUUCUCUAUAUACAAGGCUUUCGAGAAUUCUAUUAUUUAGAAGAAAUAAUUCCUUUAUUUAAUCAAAUAUUGAAAUAUACAAUAUAAAUUACGCUACUAUAUCCGGG